GAGAGGAGAGACAUUCCGUCUCGGUCGGACAAUGAUUAGAGAAGAGUGGUAAUUAGAUGGGAAGAUAAAACAGCAAUAUUUUGGUUGCACACAAAGCAAACUGCGACUCGAGAUGUGAUUGAUGUAAAUAUUCCGAAUACAAGAAGUGCGCUAAGUUGUGUCCCGCCCGAUAAAAUGACGAUGACAUGGAAAAAAAUUAAGGAGCAAUUAGGAGUAGCUAUCUAUAAUUUUGCACAAUCAACUCCUUAUGCAAUAAGCUUAACAGUUGGAGAGGUAGUACAGAUAAAUGGAGAAUCUGUAAACUGGUAUUAUGGCCGCAGUAAGCUUAAAAAUGUGUGUGGAAUCUUUCCAAAAUCUUAUAUACAUAUCCUACAGAAAUCAAUGACAUUAGAUAAUUUAGUACAUGAGAUUACUAAUGUAUUAAGAGAAUGGGAACAUCACUGGAAGCAUUUAUAUGUUAUACAUUCGGAACACUUCAGUACAAUGCAGCAACAUAUUCUAGAUGCAAUAGAAUACAGAAGCAAGAUUUUAAGUGGCACUUUGACAGUAGACGAGUUAAAAGAUAUGAAAAGAUUAGCAACUGCAAAGAUAGACACAGGAAAUCAAUUGUUAGGCUUAGAUAUGGUGGUUCGGGAUGAUCAUGGAAAUGUUUUAAAUCCCGAGGAGACAAGCGCUCUUCAAUUGUAUUAUCAUCACGAAACCGCCGCUGAAACAAUAAGAAAGGCCUAUAACGACACCAAGAAAAAGUGCCAUAAGCCACAAGUACCUGUAUACUCGCAUAUCUUUUUUGUCAGUGUGAGAAAUUUUGUAUGUAAAAUGGCGGAGGACGUGGAACUGCUGUUGACUUUGUACGACGGCAGGGAGAUGAAAGCUAUCACUGAGAAUUACGUGGUAUCGUGGAGCAAGGAAGGACUUGCAAGAGACAUCGAUCAGCUGCAUAAUCUUAGAGUAUUGUUUACGGAUCUUGGUUCCAGAGAUUUGACGAGAGACAAAGUUUAUUUAGCCUGUUAUGUAAUUAGAGUAGGCGGCAUGGAAGCCAAAGAACUGGAUCAUCGUCGUUCGAGCGUCGCGCAAAUCAAUCAGACCAAGCCGAAGAGCAUGGAAAAUAUGAGAAGACCGUUUGGCGUGGCUGCAAUGGACAUUACCUUGUUCAUUACCGGCAAGCUUGAGGGAGAUGUUGAACAACAUCAUUUUAUACCUUUUAUACAUUGUGAGAAAGAUAGUCUUGAUGGAGUAUUGCGUAGAAUCAUCUCGCAGAAAGAGACAAAUAUUCAGAGGCAUGUCAAUGGCAAUACUGCCAAUGUGACAGGUGGACAAGGAUUGUGGACCAGUUUGAAACUGUUGAGAGGUGAUCCAAAGCAAGUACGUGAUGAGAAUCCGCAUCUGGUACUUGGUAAUGUAGCUAUUGCCCGUAAAAUGGGAUUUCCGGAAGUUAUUUUGCCGGGUGACGUACGCAAUGAUCUAUAUUUAACUUUAAUCAGUGGCGAAUUUAGCAAAGGUUCAAAAUCCACGGACAAAAAUGUGGAAGUAACGGUUAAAGUGUGUAAUGAACAAGGUGUAGCAAUUCCUGGAGUCAUAACGUUAGGCGGAGGCGCGCCUCAAAUCGAUGAAUAUCAUAGUGUUAUUUAUUACCACGAGGACAAGCCUAGGUGGUGCGAAACGUUUAAGAUAGCCAUACCUAUAGAGGAAUUCCGACAGGCUCAUUUAAAAUUCACAUUCAAGCAUCGCAGUUCGAACGAGGCAAAAGACAGAUGCGAAAAACCGUUCGCAUUAAGUUACGUUCGAUUAAUGCAACGCAAUGGAACAACCUUGCAAGACAUACAACACGAACUGUUGGUUUACAAAUUGGAGCAGAAGAGAUACGACGAGAACGAUAUAUCGUACUUCAAAUUGCCGUCAACGCGUGGAGAAUUGGCUGAAUUAAACAUGGAGAAGAAGCCGAGUUACGGGACACUAACAUUAAGCAGUAAAGAUAGCUUUUUAAUAGCGACCAACAUUUGCUCAACUAAAUUAACGCAAAAUGUAGAUUUGUUAGGUUUACUUAAUUGGGCAUCGCACAAUACUGACUUAAAAGAGUCCUUAGCUGCUUUGAUGAAGGUCGACGGAGAGGAAAUCGUUAAGUUCCUGCAGGAUGUUUUAGACGCAUUGUUUAACAUUUUGAUGAGUAAUUCAGACAGCGACGUUUACGACGACAUGGUCUUCGAGUGCCUUUUACACAUUAUCGGACUUGUGUCUGAUAGAAAGUAUCAGCACUUUCAACCAGUAUUAGAUUUAUACAUUUCUGAGAGUUUUUCCGCAACUCUCGCUUAUAAGAAAUUAAUUGCGGUAUUGCGCAAACGUAUUGACAACGUCGGCAAUUGCGACGGUCAAGAACGCGAUUUACUGCUCAAGACGAUGAAGAGUCUGCAAUAUUGCAUGAGAUUCAUCGUCGAAUCUCGUCUUUUAUUUACUGAGUUAAAUCAGGACGAAGAAGAAUUCUCACAAACUUUGACCGAUCUGUUACAAUCAAUUGUUAAUCUUAUGAGUCACGAAACGGACGGGACUCUGUUAGUUCAAGGAGCUUGUCUAAAAUAUCUGCCAACGACGAUACCUCACCUGUUGAGGGUUUAUAGCGGCAAACAAUUGAGCACAAUUUUAACCGAUUUACUUGUGACCCUACCAACAGGUAGAUUAACCAAGCAAAAAAUGAUGACGGUCAAUGACAUCGUUCACAGUCCACUUUUCUUGAAUGUGGAGUGUCGAGCAAUUUUAUUGCCGAGAAUUACCGUACUUGUAAGAGAUUUACUGGAAGCCAAAGAAGAGGGACUAUCGAGUACGCCUGGAAAGAGCGUGGCGAAGGUUGCCAGGCUGCUUGGCGAAAAUCGACACCGACUGAACCAGCAUCGCGGCUACUCCGAAGAGGUGGAAUUGUGCGUUAAGAUAUUAUCCGAUAUACUGGAACUGACUUUCAGAAAGGACAUAGGUAGUACGGUUUUAGACGUCAAAGAGAUAAUGUUAACGGCCUUACGUACUAUUAUACAGACUGUUAUAUCGAUGGACAGGGAAAAUCCCUUGAUCGGAAAUUUGGUUUCGGUCAUGUUGGCGAUAUUCAGACAAAUGACGCAACAUCAUUACGAAGUGUACAUCAAUCAUUUCGGAACGAAAAUUGACCUACUGGAUUUUCUUAUGGAGAUACUGUUGGUCUUCAAGGAUUUAGUUUCCAGAAAUGUAUUUCCCGGAGAUUGGUGUGAGAUGAUUAUGCUUCAAAAUAGCGUCAUUUUGAAAUCCUUGCGAUAUUUCUCGGGCACAAUUAGAGAUUACUUUUUCACCGAGUUCGAACAUCAGGCAUGGUCUAAUUUCUUUCAUUGCGCUAUUGCGUUUCUAACUCAACCGGCCUUACAGUUGGAAAUGUUCACACCCGCGAAACGGAAUCGCAUCAUUGCACGUUACAACGACAUGCGCAGAGAAACCGCGUUUGAAAUUCGAUCAAUGUGGUUCAACUUGGGACAACACAAAAUACUCUUUGUACCUGGUUUAGUUGGCGCGAUUCUUGAAAUGGCACUAAUACCUGAAACCGAAUUGAGAAAAGCCACCAUACCUAUCUUUUUCGACAUGAUGCAAUGUGAAUAUUACAGUUCACGUAUAGUGGAAGGAUACGGCGAUACGAAACGUGAUCCCGCCCAUAUCAAAGCUAAUUUCACGGAAUAUGAAAAUGAAAUGAUUGCGAAAUUGGAUAUCUUGGUGGAAGGAGGCAGAGGUGACGAACAAUUUCGUUUGCUCUGGUCUCAAGUUAUGGGUUCCCUGUGCGAGAAACAUUCUACGAUGCGAGAACAAGGUUUGCGCUUCGUAGACAUUAUUGCUAAACUUAUGGAACGUUUAUUGCAAUAUCGCGAUAUUAUCCACGCCGAAUCCCAAGAACAUCGUAUGCUCUGCACUGUUAAUUUAUUGGAAUUCUAUUCUGAAAUUAAUAGGAAAGAAAUGUAUAUCAGAUAUGUGAACAAACUGUGUGAAUUGCAUUUGGAAUGCGAUAAUUACACGGAAGCGGCUUAUUCUCUCAAACUUCACAGCCAGUUAUUAGCAUGGAGCGAUCAACCCUUAUCACCCUUGUUAAUAUCGCACAGAUAUCCAUUGUGUCAAACGCAUCGCGAACUGAAAGAAGCAUUGUACAAUGAUAUCAUUGAUUAUUUUGACAAGGGAAGAAUGUGGGAAUGCGCUCUCGCAGUUUGCAAGGAACUGGUAUCGCAAUACGAGGAAGAAACGUUUGAUUACUUGCAACUAUCUGUUUUGUUGAGACGUAUGGCUAAAUUCUAUGACUGCAUAGUGAAACAGCUCAGACCUGAACCGGAAUAUUUCAGAGUCGCGUAUUACGGCAGAGGACACCCUAUUUUUCUUCAGAAUAAGGUAUUUGUUUAUCGUGGAAAAGAAUACGAACGACUUAGCGACUUUUGCACAAGAACGCUGAAUCAAUUGCCUAACGCGGAGCAAAUGAACAAAUUGUCACCGCCCACCGCGGAAAUAUUGGAAUCCAAUCAUCAGUAUGUACAAAUUAACAAGGUAGAGCCAUUGAUGGAUGAGAAGAGGCAUCGCCUAAGCGGUAAACCGGUUACUGCAGAAGCAGUCUUGAGAUAUCAUCGCGUGAAUGAUGUGCAACGCUUCAGAUUUUCGAGACCCGCGCCAAGAAAAGAGAUCGUUGCACCGGUUAACGACAAAGAAAAAGAAACAAAUGCUAGCAGUAAUAAUAGUAGCAAUGAGUUCGCCUCGUUGUGGCUAGAGAGAACCGUGCUCGUUACAAGUUAUCCAUUGCCGGGAAUCCUUCGAUGGUUUCCCGUAACGUCCAGCGAGACGUACUUGGUCAGUCCCUUGAGAAACGCGAUUGAAACUAUGGAAGCUACGAAUACAGCAUUGAGAGAUCUCAUUGUUGCUCACAGAAGUGACCCCAGUCUUCCGUUAAAUCCUUUGAGCAUGAAAUUAAAUGGGAUAUUGGAUCCAGCUGUUAUGGGCGGCAUCGAUAAUUACGAAAAGGCUUUUCUCAAUACCGAGUACAGAGAAAGUCAUCCGGAAGACAGUUCGGAUCUUCUCAAGCUAGAAGGACUUAUCGCAGAACAAAUUCCUCUACUCAGUAUAGGUCUACAAUUGCACAAAGUGCGAGCGCCCACCGAGUUAGCGCCAUUUCAUCAACGUUUAGAACAAUGUUUCGUGUCAAUGCGCAGUCAAGUGGAAGCCAAAUAUGGGAAAAGAACAUGUGAUUUGCAAAUCGAGAGCUUAACGCAAACUGUAACUAUGCGAAGACCACCAAUUUCAAGGGGAGAUCAGUGCCUGUCUGACGUAAACAUGAAUCAUUCGGACUGUGCAACUCACUCCAGGGUAUCCUCACUUACAAGAUCCCAAGUUGCAACGUUCAAGUCGCUUGCGUCGUUCAAUUUUAACAACAGCACACCCUCGAGUGGUGCUCAAACCGUCAGUUUGUCAAGAAACAAUUCCGUACGUUCACACAUCCUAUCUACGGCCUCUUUGCAAAAAGCACUGGGAAGUCCAAGUCCAGGAACGUACAAAAAGAAAGAUUCGAAGCGCAGAAGCGCACGGAAGAGCGAUUCUAUCACCGUAACGAAAACCGAACAGCCAACCAGUCAAUGGUACACCACUACCGAUAUAUCACAUAGUUCAACAUCGUCCAUUACAUCGUUAAUAUCUAAUCUACAUACGACACCUGUCUUCGAGCUUCGGCAAGAGCUCACACCGAAACGUCCCCUGAGAUCGGAGGUGGAAAAAGAGCGGAGAAUGAGUAAUCGUUGGUCCGGUCAGUCUCAGCAUUACUUAAGAAACAACAACGGAAUGGAUUCGAACUACUUGGGAAAGGGAAAUCGAGACAGCAUCGGUACGACCGACAGCACCGCGUCCGAAGAUGAUCCCCCUCCGCCUUUACCAAUUAAAAUGCGCGAAGCCGAUUAUUGCAAUCUUCCAGAGGAGUUGUCCACCAAUCAAUGCAAAGUAGACAACAUGAACAAUCUGAACAAGUCUCCAGGACAGUGGAAGGAAAAAUUGCCUACGCCCACCGACGACGAUCUAGAUAAUCAUUCGAAACCGCCAACACCUCCACCGAAACCGAGAAGACCGAUUAACAAUUUGGUUAAGAUCGUGCUCUCUUCGCCUAACAACGAUGAAAACUCGCACGUCGAAGAUUCGUCAACUGCGUAAAGCAAAAAAUUUUAUUCACGCUCUUCCCUCGUCUUGCCGUGAGAAACAAAAUAAGUGUCCAUCCGCGGUAGCAAAUCUUCCGUUUAAAAUUUUUGUCGUUUCUCUUCACAAGAGUUACCAUUCUCUUAGAGCGGUCUAGUAUUUUUUUGUGCCUUUUUUUCGCGCUUUAGGAUAAGCAUACAUAUAUACAUAUAUAUAUCUAUACAUAGUAUUUAUAUAAUUAUAUAAAUACUUAAGCGUACAUUGCUGCGAAAAUUUUGUAACAGAAUACUCUGUAAAAAAUAGAAGAUAUUGUUCCGUCUGUGCGCGCUGAGCAAUAAUGACACAAAGUGAAAAGUCUCAGCACGAAUUUCGAAACAUUUUAUCAUUUACGGCGCGCAUGUGAUACAGAAGAUAACAAACAAUGCACAAAUUCUGACAUUUAUAUAACAAAAAUAUACAUUUUUUGUUUUUUUUUUGCUCUUAUAUAUCUUCGUGCAACAAAGGACAGAAAUAACUUCACGCACUUUUUGUAUCACGAUCAAAACUGGAUCAUUGCAUUUCACGCGCUUGAUGUAAUAUUUAAACUACAACGCGUAGCGCGCUAUAACUUUAGUAAUCUUCUCUCUAUUUCUUUCGAGAUUGAAGACUUCAUUUCAAUGACGUGACUUUGGACAUAUAUAUUCGCGACAAAUGCAUAUUUUUAUAAAUUUUUAUACGACCUACACAUGAGUAGGUUUAAUUGUAAUGAAAACUUUUGGAAAUCUUUUACAUUUUAUACACUGGGUGGUUUUAAACAAAUCUGAUAAUGCAAGAGAGAUAUGCGGUAAAAACAUAAUCAAAGUAGAUAACUUUUUAUAUCUGUUGUGGUAUUUUGACUUGUUUCACACAUACUCGAUUUUUAGAAAAAAAUAAUUGACAGUAGUUGUGUUAUAUAUAUAUAUAUAUAUAUAUAUUAUAUAUAGUUUACUUGCAAUAUAUAUAAGUACUAUUUAAAUUUAAAUAUUACUAAGCCAUUGUGAUCUAGUGGUAAAAAACUUUAUAUGAGUUGAUGUUUAUAUAAAAAGUCAUUCAUACCUUGUUAACACAACGAGACUGUAGUCUUAUAUGUUAACUUAUUUUACAAAUAUAGACAAAGGAGAUCUCUCUCUCUCUCAAUUGUUUAUAAUAUAUUUAACAAGAAUGGGAGGAAGGGGGGAGUGUGAUGCUUAUUAUACGCGUGCAGACCAAGUGAUACUGGAUAUAAAUUUUGCAUGUUUUGCCACACAAAUAAAUUAUUUACUUAUAAUACUAAUGAUAUAUAUAUACACACACACAGUCACAAUAGAGAAACACGAUAUCAUGACAUGCUACUUCUUGAUUAAGCGGAUUAGAACAUAGAAAAUUAAGUAAGAGAGCAUGUAUAAUCGCACAAAAUAGGGCCGACACAUGACCCUUUCUUUUCGUGCUAGAUUGUAUGCGAGCAUCAAAAUUGAUCAAGCAAAUUUUGAAAAUCAAAAAGUUGUCAAAUCAUCUGGUAUUUCUAUGUCGUACGCGAUGUCUGGUACAAAAAAAGCAUCAUGUGUCACAGGCUGAAGAUUUUAUACUCAAUCAGUGUGUCAAUUGCAUUGUUUUUCAAUCAUAAUACGCGCAAAUUCUAGAAACUCGAGAUAUCGAAAGUAGAUAUUUGUUGUUGUGUUAAGAUAUCAAUUUAUUUAUUACGAUUUUUCAUCAUCCAUUGAAUUUCAUACCAAAGAGAUUAGUGCUUUAUUUAUCAAAAGCGUUAAAAAAUUUGUGUAUCAAUACAAAAAACUAUAUCGUCAUCAUAUAUAUAAUCAUUUGUAUUUAAUGCACGGUGAAAAAAACGAAAACUUGAUAGAUUACACAUUUUUAUUCAUAAUGACAAUUGAUGUAGCAAAGAUCUGUAAUUCAAAAUUAUCAUUCUCACGCAUAACUUUUUUGUUUACGAAAUUGUUCUCCAAAAACCUAUAUAAAAAUAUAUAUAUAUGUAUAUUUUUCGGCAGAACAUUUAUACGAAUGCAGUUUUAGCUAAUAUCGUCAGCUCUUUUAUGUAUACGAAAAAGAAAAUUGACAAUACAUCGAGCCUAAAGAGUUUAAUUAAUUGUGCCAUUUACUGUUCUAAUAUUAUAAAUUGAUUACUCUUUAAUUAGGGACCAAUGUGUUAUCUUGUAUCUAAAUUGAAGCAUCGAUCUUUUUCCUUAUCUUUUAUGCACAUUAAUACACGAGAUGACAUUUCUAUACACACAAAUCCAAAUAUUUAUUUUACUGUAAUUACAUUCAUAUAUCGACAAAUCUCACAUUAUAAAUAAAAGUAUCAAGUAAUAAAUCCAUACAUACUGUACUCACGUAUAAUCCAAACACUUAUACGUGCUAUAUAAAAAAAAACUCAAUUUUUAUUUAUAAAAUAUAAAAUAAUUUCAUAUAAAUACAAAUAUCGCCUUAUCUUUUAAUGUUUACGAUCAUAUAUGUAUAUAUAUACACAUACAUAUAUAUAUAUAUAAAUUUUACGAGCUUACAAUUUUAUAUAUUUAUAUCUUUUAUAUACAUACAGUCUAACUUCUCUAGCUCGAAUGUCAAAGAAAAACAAUAAUUUGAAUAACACGUAGAAGUUUUACCGCUCAAACUUCGAGAUAUUUUUUUAAUUAAUCUUCUAUUUUUCUUCAGCUUAUGGAGAUUGUCUGCAAGAAACAAAAAAAAAAAAAUUUUGUAUUGGAGAUGGUUUUUUCGAGUUGGCGAGAUUUGACUGUAUAUGUGAAUGCAUGUUAUAUUAUAAAAAUAUAUUUUAAUACCGCUCGUUUUUAACAAAAAAGAAUUUUAACGACAUCACAAACUACAACACUGACUGAUAUUUAGAAAUUUUAUUGUACAGAUAAAAAAAAAAUAUUCAUUAACACUGAUGAAACUUACUCUAAAUUACUAUUUAUCUUUCAAUUAACAUGGAAUUAGGCUCAGCGAAACAUGUAACAGAUAUCACGAAUCUACAGACAGAUGUUACCUUUCAUUGUGUUAAUACAAUAGACAACAUCUUAUUACUACAGAGAAUAAUUGAUAGUAUAAAAUAUAGCACUUAUUUUUAAACCUGCUCUAUUUAACUUUGGUUGGAAGUGUGAGAAAAUAUGUCUUUUAAUAUCUAUUUCUAUAUAUCUCUUCCGUUCUUUAGCGUAAUCUGUCGAGUAAAAUUCAUAAAUGUUUAUUGAUACAUCAGUAUUUCGUUUUUUUUUGUUUUAUUUUUAUUUUAAUUUAUAUCUGCGUAUAUUGUAUUUAUUGCUAUAUUGACAUGCAUUGUGCAAUAUAGAGCGCUAAAAAGUCCACAUUCUACACAUAUGUAUAAAAUACAAAAGUAGAAAAUUAUAUGUCGAGAUGCUAUUAUAUAUAUAUUCGAUUUUACAAGAUAGAAAAAUAACAAUGUAAUUGUGUAUCUCUAAAGAAUAGAAAAUCUCUGAAGUGCUGCACUGCCAUUCUCCGUGUUAAAAACAAAACAAAAAAAUGAAUAAAUAUUUAUUCACCUUA